UCACUGGCUCUCGCUUGUUGUGGCAGCGAGUCGGCGUCGUUGUGUUUCCUCAACUUUAGCGACACCCGCUCGGGGCUCGGGGAUAAACAAAAUUCCUGUCCUCGGAUCCGACUUCGAAGGUCGACGGCGAGGCCACUUGUCGGUCGGUGGUGUAGCGGUGUUAAUAUUGCGCCGGGUUUCUGGUGUUAUUCCUUUGUAAAUACUGUUAUUUGUAUAUACUGUAAAUGAUGACGUCCAUGGGCGGGAACCGAGCCCGGGGCAGCUGGGAGCAGACACAGGGACAGACACAGAGCCAGACACAGCACAAGCAGAGGCCUCAGGCCACCGCAGAGCAGAUCCGACUCGCGCAGAUGAUUUCAGACCACAAUGAUGCCGACUUUGAGGAGAAGGUCAAACAGCUGAUUGACAUCACAGGCAAAGACCAGGAUGAGUCCAUGAUCGCACUGCACGAUUGCAACGGGGAUGUCAACAGAGCUAUUAACGCGUUGCUGGAGGGUAGCCCGGACACUGACUCUUGGGAAAUGGUGGGGAAGAAGAAAGGGGUGUCCGGCCAGAAGGAGACCAGCCAAGCAGAAACCGGAGAGGAAGGAAAAGAGAACCGGGAGAAAGGAGGAGAGAAAGAUGUUGCACGUCGUCGGGGUGGAGCUCCACGCAGGGGCCGUGGAGCCAGCAGGGGACGAGAGUUUCGUGGUCAGGAGAAUGGCUUGGAUGCCAGCAAGGCUGGAGUAGUUGGAAGAGGAGCCGAGCGAGGCCGAAGGGGAAGAGGCAGAGGAAGAGGGACUGUCGGAGUAUCUGGACGGCGAGGAGGCCGGUUUUCAGCGCAGGGCAUGGGCCAGAUUGAUAAGGGGCCCACAUAUGAUAUUGCUGGAGGUGAGAGGACCUUCAACCCUGCAGACUAUACAGAGGGAGCCCAGACAGAAGAGAGUUAUGGAGGGGGCAGCACCUGGAACAACACGGGAAGCAUGGAGCUGGAGGAGUCGACUAGGUUGGAAUACUCUGCAGGAGAGGGAACCAAUUACCCACCCAAGUUUGACUCCGCUCCUGGUGCCUGGAGGUCUGCCACAGAGGAGUGGGGCACUGAAGACUGGAAUGAGGAUCUUUCAGAGACCAAGAUAUUCACAUCCUCCAGUGUGGCAUCCUUGCCGCCGGCUCAGGAGAAUGUUACCAUCACCAAAGGACAGAGGAUUGACCUUGCGGUGCUCCUGGGGAAGACUCCUCCAUCCUUCUCCUCAGAGACAGAAAACCCCCCAAUGGAGGCCACCCAGCCCCCCUCCUUGUCCCAGUCACUGGUUUUUAGUAAUUCCAAGCAGGGGCCGCCACUGUCCCAAACAUCCUCCAGCGCCCCGUACACCCAGCACAGCAUGGUCAGCAUGCUGAGUAAGGGAUUCGGGGAUGUGGGGGACCCUAAAGGAGGCAGCACAGGGACCACUGGCUCUCAGUUCCUGGAGCAGUAUAAAACCGCUCAGGCUCAGGCACUGGCCCAGCUGGCAGCCCAGCAUUCCCAGACUGGACCUCCGAACACAACCCCUUCUUCCUGGGACACCAGUGCCACCUCACUUGGACAAUACGAUAUGAAGACUCAGCCCGAGUCUGGGGUUCAUUCGCCCUUUUCGAAGCGACAGCCUUACCAGGCCGCCACCUCAGCGUCGUCCAUGUUGGAUGUUUUCCGACAUGACAAAGGCCUGCCUCCUUCCUCCUCGUCGUCUUCCUUAACCCAUGCGGUGCCUCCGCCUGCUUCAUCCCUUCCCAGAAUGGCACCAGUCCCUUCUCUCGGUCAGCAGGUUUCUCCGAGUUCUUCUGAUGCCCAGGGUUCGAGUCCGCUGCCUUUGCAGCAACACAAACUCAAACAACAGAAGAAGAGGACCUCCAUUACAACAAAGAUUCCAGCAAUGGCAGUGGAGAUGCCAGGCUCAUCAGACAUGUCAGGUCUUAAUCUUCAGUUUGGAGCGCUGCAGUUUGGGUCAGAACCAGUUCUACCAGAGUAUGGCUCCACCCCUUCCACCACAGCACCAACCAACCAGGUUCAGAACAGUCUCUACACGGGCCCCAGCAGUGAGUCGACUCCAGCUCUCUCCAACUCCAGCCAGAUGGACCUGUACGACCAGAGAGCGCCUCAGCCCCGACGCUACCCUCCCUCAGCCUCCUCCUCCCCUCAGAAGGACAUGCAGUCCAAGAAUGGCUUCAGUUCAAUGCAAGCAUCGCAAUCUGUGGAAGCUGCAGCAGGCUCUGCAGUCUCAAUCAAGCCAGCCUCUGAUUCAGUCACGCAGACAUCGGUCUCCAGCAUGGGUACUUUGACAGACAGUGGUCCUGCCUCCAUGAUGACGACAUCCAAUCAGACAUCCCAUAGCGCUCUGGGGCACAGCGAAGACAUGUCUCCAAACACCAUUCCUCCUCCUCACCACAAUAACUCUCACCCAUCACAACAGAACAGCCUUGCUCCAUCUUCAGUCCGGACAUCCAACACAAGCUUAAUGCAUCCAAACGUAGACGGCGACUCAAGCCUGCACUCCUCCUCCUUCCCUUCCUCUGUCUCAGCCGUCCCCUCCUCUUCCUCAGCGGCGAUGGCUGCACAGGUGUCCCUAGGGGCCCCUCAGGCCUCCUCGAUGGGCUGUGCCACAGUCUCGGCUCCUUCCGGCCACGGGGCCGUCAGCAGUCUGGCCAUGGGCCUCAAUGCAGCCUCCAUGGUUGCUCAAGCUGCAGCAGCCACCGCAGUUCUGAUGUCCACGGCUGCCUCAUCCAUGCCCUCUGCAGCUGCUUCCUCAUCUGUACGCGGCUCUGCAGCAUCCUCAGGGAAAGCACCUCCAAACCUGCCACCUGGAGUGCCCCCUCUACUGCCCAACCCAUACAUCAUGGCCCCGGGACUACUGCAUGCCUACCCUCCUCAGGUGUACGGCUACGAUGACCUACAGAUGCUUCAGACAAGAAUACCGCUGGAUUAUUACAGCAUCCCCUUUGCGACUCCUGCAACUGCAUUGACUGGCAGAGACGGCGGCCUGACGAACAACCCGUACUCUGGCGACCUGUCAAAGUUCGGUCGAGGUGAUGCUUCAUCGCCGGCUCCCGCCACCACAUUAGCUCAAACCCAACAGAACCAGACCCAGGCACAUCACACCACACAGCAGACCUUCCUCAACCCGGCCCUGCCGCCUGGCUACAGCUACACAAGCCUCCCAUACUACACUGGCAUGCCAGGCCUCCCUAACACCUUCCAGUACGGCCCUGCUGUGUUUCCGGUGGCUCCUACCUCGUCAAAGCAGCACGGUGUGAAUGUCGGCGUCAACGCUUCAGCGACGCCUUUCCAGCAGGCUAGUGGAUAUGGUUCCCAUGGAUACAGCACUGGCUAUGAGGAUGUGGGCCAGGCUUCAGGGAGUGGGGAUUUCUGUAAGGGCGGAUACGGCAGUGCCGUGGCCGCUGCCGCUUCUGCACAAAACAAGCCAGCCAGCUCUGUCAGCGGGCCUGGAGUCGGAGUCUCUGUGACAUCAAGCAACACCGGGGUUCCAGAUAUUUCAGGGUCCGUUUACACAAAGACGCAGCAGUCGUUUGAGAAGCAGGCAUUCCACGCGGGAACACCGACCGCUUCGUUCAGCCUGCCCUCGGCAUUGGCGAGCGGGGGACCCAUCAACCCCCCGGCGGCCGCUGGCUACGCCCCUGCUCCGUUCAUGCACAUCCUGGCACCGCACCAACAACCACAUUCUCAGAUUCUGCACCACCACCUGCAGCAGGAUGGACAGAGCAACACUGGACAGCGCAGCCAGAACGCUUCCCUUCAGCAGAAGUCUCAGAUCAACAAGUCGCCGUACAACAGCUACAACUGGGGCGCAAACUAACACCCGCUGUCGGCCCCUCCCACCAACCCGCCGCCAGGAGGGGCUUCAUGGCUCCUCCUGCAAAAACCGUCUCCACGUAUAAAACUCCCUGUUCCUCCUGCAGAGAUCUCCCUCCCCCCGUCUCUUGGCCCAGCACUCCUGCAGCUCUGGCCGCGGUCAGAGGAGGUGCUGUGCCGAGAGAACGAGCACCGUCAUGAUGCACGGAUGGGUGGGGGGGUCCGGAGGGGGCUUAGAACAGGAGUCUUCGGAGCUGAAUGGUUAUAGAAACACACCGUCAAGAGGUGAAAUAUUGAGUGUUGGGAAUUUGUAUAAUGUUAAUCCCUCCGCCCCUUCCCUUUUUCUUUCACUUGUAUGUAACAUAGAACUGUUUUCUAAAAGAAUGAACAUUUCCUGUGCUUCUUUUGUCUUUCCCCCUCUUUUUUCUUGCUGAUGGGGAGGAUUGAAGUAAUACCUGAAGGUGGGGGGCCAGACUGGUUUAGUAUUUCACACCCUCAACUCCCCCACUCCAUUAAUUUAGUUGGAAAAGCUUCCAUCCCCACAUAAAAUAUCCAAACGCAGUAGUUUGGCUGAUUGCUGUUAAAUGUUUUGCUUUUCAUUUUUAUGUCAUUUUAAGUUUGAAGAAACAAUUCUCUCAAUUGGUAGAGUUGUGAAGUUUAUUUUUUACCAAAUAUAGAUAUAUUAUAUAUAAAGACGUAUAAGCGAGCUCACUGGAUUGGACUGUGAGGGACUGUGUGUUUGUGUCAUGUGACUGCGUGCAUGUUUGUACACACAGGGCCGUGGUUGUGUACGGUGCUUUGUGUUUUCGCCUAGCACAGGAUUUUUUCAUUAUCCAACACGUGUACAGUGACCGUUCCCAUGAAUUAUACAUACGUUGCAUAAAAGGUCCCACUCUUCUGCAGGAGAUGUUCAGAAUGAUUUCCAAGGCCAAUACACACCCAGUCUGCCUUCCAGUGUGUUCUUUUGUUUCUGAGGGCCCCCCCCCCACCUCCUCCUAGCUCCACCACCUGCCCCCCGACAUUGUAAGGAAAUUGCAGCAUUGAAUACUGAUGGACAGAAUUGUACUAUGGGUUGUUUUGUUUUUUUUGUCAGUGAUUUAUUUUUUCUUUUUGUACUGUGCGUUUUAAAAAAAAUUUAAAUGGAUAAACUUGUCUUGUACAUAUAUAAAAAAAACACAAGUACUGUAGUCCCUGAUUGUUCGAUGGCUUUCUCCUUUUCCUUCUCAGAUCCUCGCCGACUUGUUAGUUUUUUGUCUCAUAUUUCCUUUUUUUUAUUUUGUAAAAAUAUAUAAAUAUUAAGUAAAUAAACAAGAGGGAGACGUUUCCAUCAUUUUGGAUGUGAAUGUCUUUUAAGAAACCA